AACACUCACCCUUAACUUACACCAGAAACUCGUGUGCUUGGCCCUCAGGGUCAGAGAAUAAAACAUGAGUUUCCGCGGAGUGAAGCUUCUGAUGCCAGCGUGACGGCUCGUGUUGGCCGACCCCAGCCUGCCAUGACACAUGCACACACGUCAGGCAGAGAGAAAAACUGAAGGAAGAGACUAAUCAACAUCUGUCCGGCACUAUUGACCGGCUCCUUUCUGAAUCUGACGAGCGUCUUAAGCGUCAUCUAAAAGAGAGGAUGGCUGCUGCAGAAGAUAAGGAUCACCUUCUCCGGAAGAUGGAAGCACUGAGGGCCGUAUUAAAGCGGGCAAGAGUGAGAGGCUCUUCGCUUCACCAUGGGCGGACGCACGUCGGCAGCAUCCCAGCUUCCAGGUUCCGUCUGGCGGGCAGCCCCACGGAUGCCAGCAGCACCAGCAGCAGCGCGGUGUUGCGGCGCCACCGGAAAGGCCGUGUGGCCCGUCUGCGACAUGAGCCUUCCAAGUUGCUGCAUUUGGAGGAAGAGUCACAAGAUAGCACGGCAAGGGCACGAUGUGUACCGUCAGCUUCUUCGUCCCAGAGGUCCCUGAGCUUGGACAGGCUGCAGCAAGGGGCACUGCACAAGGCCAGCCACGAGGACAUCAGGGACGCCACAAAAUCCCCAGGCUCUCAGGAUGGCCCCCUGAGCAGCCUCAGCAAAAGUAACAAUAGCCAGGACUCACUGAACAACGCCCCCAAGAAGAAGGGCAUCACAAAAUCCAUCCGCUGGUUGCUCACCAGAAGACAAAAGGUCCACCCCAGCCGCGCUAGCGACGAGCCUGCAUGACCAGUUUACCCACACUGCUUCUACCGAUGGUCUUGCAGCACGCAGAGCCCAGCAGUGACUACAUUUGAAAAUUCAACCAGAUCUUUCAUCUGUUAAUCCUUGUUAUAUGGACCCUGAGAUAUUUCAUUACAGUAUUUAAUUACUGAAAAAUUCGUGAAUAGGAUCGAGAAACUCAUUUAGCAUUUAAUGUUUCGUACAUCUCUGUAAAUUUGUCACUCCCUAUAGAGAGUUCCUUCCUUUCAUGUAUAUCCAGGCUAUAAAUAUCCUUGGGAAUCCAUUGAUGUUCUUAUAUCUCAGUUUAGUCUUUCAAGCGUAUGUACUAUCAUGGUUGUAUGUAUAAAUCCUACGACAAAUACAGGGCUUUUAUAACCUGUGCAUGUAUUGUAAUUAUCAUUGUUUACUUUUUUGUUAAGAAACCCUGACAGAGAAAAGGAUUUUACCAUGUUUGUAAAAUCACCGUGACGUAGCCUGCAGUAUCCUUUACGAAUGUCCCUUAGCUCUACAACCAUGGUUUUGAUAUAAUCAGACUUAAUUUGCAGCAAUUGUCAUUGUAUUUUAAUGACUCACCUUAACUACACUUUUUCUAACAAGAAAUGCUUUCUUCUGCAGUGUGAACAGAUUAAAAAUAUCUGGUGUUAACUAUCAGCUAAAGAAACUUGGAGUGGAAAGCUGAUUGAAACACGGUGAAAAUCUCCCAGGGCCGGUAUGCUGUUUCUGAGCCUGGUCCCUGGGGGCCUGGGCAGUUUGCCUGGAGUGACCCGCACAACCUGGGAGCUGAGGCCCCAGAAAGCCUGGGUGGGGCAACCUGGCCACCUCUUCCCCGAAACCCUGCCCGCCCCCUUCUCCCCCCCAACCCGAACCUUAGACCCCUGGCAGCAGAACUCUCAGAGGACCAAUCAGGGUGCACUGGUCUCCCACCUCGGGCCAGGGCGCUGGGUGCUCAGCACAGAGCAAGAUGCAAGAUCCUGGAAACAAUGUAGCGCAACUCUAAUAAAGGCCUUAUUGUUCUUACGGAAA